AUGCUGGUGUUGCGACGUCAACUGGCGUCUGUAUCACACCGAUUCCGCACAUUUGCUUCUGUAACAAAAGAAUUAAAUGACGGCGAAGCUCUCACCCCGAAGACAAUUGGGUCGUACAUGUCGAAGAGGCUAGAAGAAUUCGAACCCGAACGCAUUCGCAACUUUAGUAUCGUGGCGCAUAUCGAUCACGGUAAAUCGACGCUAGCAGAUAGAUUAUUGGAGACAAGUGGUAAUAUCUCUCGCCAAGAGCGUGAAAAAGCUCAAUUUCUCGACAAUUUAAAGGUAGAAAGAGAACGAGGCAUUACAGUUAAGGCGCAGACGGCAUCGAUGCUGCAUAGAGAUUCUAUAACUGGAAUGACAUAUAUGCUAAACUUAGUAGACACACCAGGUCACGUGGAUUUUAGUUACGAAGUCAAUCGAUCUUUGUCAGCGUGCGAAGGAGUGUUACUAUUGGUUGAUUGUUCACAAGGCAUUCAAGCUCAGACAUUGGCGACUUAUUAUGCUGCGAAAGAGAGAAAUCUUCACGUUGUGCCAGUAUUAACCAAAAUUGACAUGCCACAUGCUGAAGUGGACGACAGUAUCUUAAGUUUGUCCUCGCUUUUAAAUGUGGAUCCAGAUGAUGUGCUUCUGACAUCAGCAAAAACUGGAGAUGGUAUUAAUGAGGUGCUUCCGGCAGUAGUAUCGAGAUUACCUCCUCCAGUAAAGUGUAAUCGUAGUGCACCGUUGAGAUGUCUACUUGUCGAUUCUUUCUACGAUGAUUAUCGAGGAACCGUUUGUUUGGUGAAAGUUGUUGAUGGUGCAUUAUUUACAGGAGAUAGAAUCUAUAGCGCACACCAAAAGACCAAGCAUGAGGUUCAAGAAACAGGAUUGCUAUUGCCAAGUCGAUUCAAAACAGAGGGACUGUAUGCUGGCCAGGUUGGUUAUAUUAUCGCUGGUAUGAAGUCAACGACCGAAGCAAAGGUUGGUGACACUUUUUUCAAGGAGGGGGCUUUAUCUGCAGAUAUGAAGGCACUUCCAGGCUUUCAAGAGGCUCGAAGUAUGGUGUUUGCUAGCAUGUAUCCUACAGACGAUUCCAGUUUCGAUGAAUUACGUGUGGCCAUCGAAAAGCUCACGUUGAAUGACGCCAGUGUGACGACUCAGCAGGAAACAAGUGGCGCUUUGGGGAAUACAAGUGAUGGUUACAGCGCCAAUGGUCCCGUACACUGUGAUAGGACCGAAGGAACCGAUGGUCGAAGCAUCAAUAAUUACUCCGUCUUCCUAUCUGGGUUCUACGAGCGCGUUAUUGUUACUAUUGAUGUACCGUGGCAAGAAAUUGUCACAAACUUUUACAACGAGCUGAAAACGAUUUCUUCUGGCUAUGCAACCCUUAAUUAUCGCGAAAUCACGCCACAAAGGUCAGAUAUUGUCAAAGUAGACGUCAUGAUCAACGGAAAAGUUCUCGAUGCGCUCUCAUUUGUGUGCCAUCGAAGCCGAGCAACUCCUGACGGCCGUUUAUUGUGUCAGAAGCUCAAGCGUGUGAUAGAUAGGCAACAGUUUGAAAUCUCGAUUCAAGCGGCAUUAGGCGGCAAGAUCUUCGCAAAGGAACGAAUAGCUCCAUACCGUAAGGAUGUACUUAUCAAAUCGGGCAAGACUGUCGGAGGCGGUGAUAGUACACGAAAGAAAAAGCUGUUGGCAAAGCAGAAGGAGGGCAAGCGCCGAAUGAGAACCGUGUCAAAUGUACAGCUCUCCCAAGAUGCCUUUUGGUCCGUGCUCUCCAAUUAG